AUGGUAACUGUGCAGCUUGUUGCUGCAGGAUGUAGGAAACUGACACUGAGCCGUGUGAGGGGAUGCUGAUAAAGGGCAAAGUGACAGCAGCAGGAAAACUGUCGGGACCUGUCAUUAAUCUCUGGAACAUACAUAAUGAACUUUAAAUUAACUGCCCAUCUCAUGUGUCUGUUUUCUUUUUUGGAAGACUUUUAAAAUCCUCUGUCUUUAAACCGAUAUCUUUCAGGUAGUCCACCUGGGCCUGUCCCCCAGCAUUGUUUACGUGAGCUACCACCUCCUUUCAUCGGUCUAUUUUCGCAUGUCUCUUUAUACCUUGCUGGGGGCCUCCCUCCAGCUCCACCUCCGCGCCGUCUGUUUAUUUGUUCCUCUCAUCUAUUUUAGAAUGGUUUCCGUUUUCCUCAGACUUUGACAGGAACAAACAAAGGUAUAAAUUUAUAUCGCUCGGGAGGUGUUUUCCUGGUUGACACAAAGUCAGCGCUGUAAAUACUUUAAUAUAUUGUAACAAAAUUUAAACUGUAGUUGGAAUUAUAGGCCUUAGUGGAGAUAAAUUCUCAAUUAAAGUUCAUAAUAAGUUUUUUGAAUGUAUACAUUUGUGUAAUUUGUUACAUUAAACACAGAAAUACGACCAUCUUUGUCUAAAAGCCUGUUUUAUCCAAAUGAAAAAGUUCUGGGAUGUUUUCUUAAUAGAAAGUGAUGUAUCUGUGGUCAAGCCUUUAAUGUCUAAAUAUAGUAUCUGCAGUGCCUAUCUGGUGUCCACAGCUGUUUUCUCUCUCCCUUUUUUUCAAAGCAUGCCUAUAAGAGGGUGUGUGUGUGUGUGUAUAUGAGCUCUGACAGCAGUCGUGCUACAGUUCAACAGCAGCAGAAGCAGCCGCAGAGGGAGGAUGGUCAGACACAUGUUCUCUAAUCUCCUACUACUCUGGUCACUCAGCCAUGACUUUUACAUAACUGGACUGCCAUAUCAUAAGCCGCAGAAGCAGUCCUGGAACAACCAGAGUCUCAGUUCUGUCCCUCUGGAUUUGGAUGUAAGGCUUAGAAGACUAGACCUGUCCAAUAACUUCAUCAGACAGUUGCACACACUUGCUUUGCCAUACUUGGAACAGCUGGACCUGAGCUCCAACCAGCUGGAUCUCAUCUCCGAAGGGGCUUUUGAAAACCUGGCUCGACUUGAGAAGUUGAAUUUGUCCAGAAAUGCACUGAACAACAACUUUGGCAGGAACGGCAAGGCCCUCCAAACCAUCAGUAGACUGAAGAGUUUGGACAUAUCAAUGAACGGCUUGAGAGAUGAUGCAAUGGAAGUGUACCUCCGAAACAAAUCUUCUCUUGAUCAGCUUAAGAUGACUGGUAAUGCUUUAACGAGACUUUCACACAGCUUGUUCAAAGAGAGUACAGGUUUGAGGGCCAUUACUAUUGAUGACAACCAGAUAUCGGUGAUAGAGCAGGGAACGUUUGAACCAUUGGUUCAUUUAGAGAUGCUCGACUUGGCCAGAAAUAACCUCGCACAUAUCUGUGAUUUCAAAUUGCCUCAAGUUAAAUAUCUAAACCUCAGUCAAAAUUCAGUGGAGUUCUUUGUCACGCAUGAGAAUGACCAGAUGUACAGGCUUGAAAUCCUCGACCUGAGUCACAACAAACUCAUUUAUUUCCCAAUUGUUCCAAAAAUUAAUCGUUUAAAGUAUCUUCAUCUACAGAAUAAUAUGGUUGGUGCCUUACAGUCAGAGGCUACAAUGGUAUCACAGGCCAACGCUCUUUACAGGGAGAUUAUGCGUGAAAAAACACCUAGAAAAAAUAACCUGCACUCAAACUGGAGGCUGAUGCCACUGACUUAUAUUGACCUGAGCUAUAACCACUUCACGUCUUUCCCACUGGAGACUUUGAGCCGUCUCUUAAAUUUAGAAACUCUAAAUUUCAGUUAUAACUGUUUGCAAAACAUCACCUGGAAUAUACGAAAUGAUCAAUCAGGGCACCGUCGGCAGCUUUUCUUCCCCUCCUUAAAGUACCUCGACCUGCAAAGUAACGGACUUGCAUCCAUUUCCCCACUAUUUCUUAAUGCGCUCACGCAAAUAGAAACAUUAAAUCUCCAAGACAAUUCAGUGCAACCAUGUGCCCCCAUGGAGCAUUUUCCGAGCUCUCAGCCACCGCACCACAUGAAUCUCAACGCAUCCUGUGUUGUCUUUGGGCAGUUAAGGACUCUUAAACACCUCAACCUUAAAGACAACAACAUCGAAAUGCUUCACCCAAACACAUUUCAGAAAACCUCUUUGGUUUCUCUAAACCUCGCAAGCAAUGCACAUAUGGGAAUGCAAGAAGGCUCAUUGGAAGGUGUGCAAGAGACUCUUCAGUCCUUGAUCAUCAGUGAAAUAAACAUGACCACCUCUGAGCUGUCUUUACCCUGCAUGCCAGUGUUAACGGAGCUGAACGUAUCUAACAACCAUCUAGAUGGGAUACCCAGCAGCUUGAGCUGCUCUCCUCUGAGAAAAAUCGACAUAAGGAAUAAUCGUUUCACCACUUUAAACCAGUCUUUGAUUCUUGCUUUAUCUGUAAGCCUCAAUGUUAUGUAUAUUAGUGGAAAUUAUUUUAACUGUUGUGACAGUAAAUGGCUGAAAAUACUUCACGAGCUUAAGAUAAAACUGCCUGAUGUGAGCGAUGCUGUGUGCUUUACAAGUGAUGGAAACAUUGUAAUGACAGAGUAUCUGAGAAAUCCUUCGGUGAAUUGUUUGUUUCACACAAAAGCACAGGAAGUCCACUUUGGAACAAUGAUCAUCAUUGUUUUAUUUGUAAUUGUUAUUUUAACAGUGUUCAUCAUAAUCACCAGGAAGGUGUGUUUCACACAGACAUCAUUUAGUGUGACAUGAUUGUUCUGUAAACGCACAUGGCUUACAUAAAGUAAGCAAACCAAACCCAGCUCAGAAACUGGAUAGCAAACUGUAACCGAAGCAUACUUCCUGUGUCUUUCAUUGUGCCUGAUCCUUUUUACGAUGAACAGAAGUGGGGUUUAAUGGCUGCUUGGACUAUAAAAACUAGAUUUUCAGAUAAUAAAACGUAGUCAAACCUUCAUCAUCUGUCAUGAUUUAUCCUCAUUUCCAUUCAAGCCUUUCUUGUAUGACUAACCCUGCAACAUUUUUAGCUUAGUAGAACACGCAUCCCGCUGUGUGACCUGUGCAGCCAAAGUGUUGUGAUUGAAAUUGGCUUUAUCGACUCCCAAGCUGUUUGGUUACAGUGCGUGCCAAAUCGCUAAUCAGGCAGAGAAUUCUUGCCCAUCCUUCACUGUGAAAUAUUUGUUUGCAACUAAAAAUUAAACUUGGCUCAAAUUUUUAUGACGUCUGCGAGGCCUUGCACAACAUUCCCAGAAUCUGGACUCCUGAACAAUCCAAUAAAAACGCCAACCUAUGAGUUUCUGAAUUACCAUAAAAUAUAUAUAUAUAUGUUUGACAGUGUGUGCAAGAUUCAUUUGAAUACAUAUAACUUUCUGCAUCUGUUUGUGUUUUGUUGUGUAGAAUUUAUGUGGCUCUGACACUGGUUAUCAAAUACAUUGGUGAAUAUGGCACCAGUUAUGCUGUACAUAAUAAACAUGCUGUGUCUAAUAGCCAGAAUAUGUUGGCAGUCUUCAUUCUGGAAUAUGAAUCCUCUAUUUCUAUACCUGCAAAAAUAAAUCACUGAGGUUUGGA